AUGGAAUCGGAAAGAAACCUGCCAGCUUUCGGUAUCCUUUUAGAAAGGAUAGAAUUAUGUUUCAAAGUAGCCAGACUCUUGUCGAAGGCAUUUCAUGAUACACUGGGACAUAUCAAACCCCAAACCAGUCCAGAAGUGCAGUCAAAAGCUGCCUACGAAGUAAUCAGAAGAACUAUUCCAGGGCGGGCUGAUGAAUUUUUCAUUGAGGUCGAUCCCAAGUUGGGGCCAAUUGGCAAAGACACAUUUGAGAUCAGGAAACUGAAUGGAAAAAUCAGAAUCAAAGGGACAACUGGAGUGGCUGCUACUACAGGUUUCCACCAUUAUCUGAAAUAUUACUGUAAUGCUCAUAUAUCUUGGGAAACAUCUCAACUGAAUCUCCCCGAAGUCCUUCCUGCAGUCAAUAUCACAAUCACCUUGAAUGAUAGAUUCCGUUAUUAUCAAAACGUCUGCACCACAAGCUACAGUUUUGUUUGGUGGAACUGGAAACAAUGGGAGACACACAUUGACUGGAUGGCUUUGAAUUCUUUCAACCUGGUUCUCGCCUUCAACGGCCAAGAAGCAAUUUGGGAAAGAGUAUAUAAAAAACUCAAUCUAACUCAGCAAGAUAUUGAUGAACAUUUCACGGGACCAGCGUUUUUAUCAUGGUUGAGAAUGGGAAACAUUCGAGGUUGGGCUGGACCACUAUCCAAAGCUUGGCAUGAUAGAUCCAUCUGGUUGCAGAAAAAAAUCUUGGAGAAAAUGAGAAAUCUGGGUAUUAUUCCAGUUCUGCCAGCUUUUGCCGGACAUCUACCGAGGGCUUUCAAGAGAGUCUACCCCAACGUCAAUGUAACUCAGAUGGAAAAAUGGAAUCAAUUCAAUGACACCUAUUGCUGUCCCAACUUCUUGGAGCCCACCGAGCCCAUGUUCAAAAAUAUAGGAAAGAUGUUUUUAAAAGAGCAAACGGCUGAAUUUGGAACAGAUCAUGUUUACAACUGCGACAGCUUCAAUGAGGUGGAUCCCUCCACUUCUGAUCUGACGUAUCUGGCAAAUGUUGGCAAGAGUAUAUAUUCUGCUAUGAUAGAAGUUGAUCCAGAAGCCAUUUGGGUAAUGCAAGGCUGGUUGUUCGUACAUUCAAUUUUAUUUUGGACUCGUCCGAAGGUCCGGGCCCUUUUGACAUCCGUUCCAAAAGUGAGUUAACAAAAAAAAUUGAUAAUU